UGAUCCUGGGGGCUCCUUCUGGGCCUCGUUGGCUUGGUGGUGGAGUGGAAGCGGUUUCUGCACAGCCUGGGCAGGGUCUGGUGACCUUUGAGGAGGUGGCCGUGCAUUUCUCGGAGGAGGAGUGGGCUCUGCUGGAUCCAGGCCAGAGGACUCUGCACAAAGAAGUCAUGGCGGAGAAUCGUGGGAUCCUGGCCUCUCUGGGUGAUCACAGGGAGAGCAAGAAAAAUGGCCUACACCAGAGAAGGAAAACUGAAACUGAAGAGAAGAGGGAAAAUGAAUCUAUUUCUUUGGAAGGAUCAUACGUCUGUGAAACUCCAAUACUAGAAGCACCAAAUAAAAAGAACAUUCGUAAAAGGAAGAAACAGAGUAAAACUCAGAAGAUUCAUUCUAACUUUCAAUGCCUAGUGUGUGAAAAACAAUUCACUUUCCACUCACAACUUAACUUGCAUAAAAGAAUUCACACUGGGGAGAAGCCCUAUAAAUGCUUUGAGUGUGGGAAGAGCUUUGCUCGCAGAGAAACACUUAUGCUGCAUCAAAGAAUUCACACUGGGGAGAAGCCCUAUAAAUGCUUAGAAUGCGGGAAGAGCUUUCCUCGCAGAGAAACACUUACGCUGCAUCAAAGAAUUCACACUGGGGAGAAGCCCUAUAAAUGCUUAGAGUGCGGGAAGAGCUUUAGCCUUGCUCACAGCAUCAGCCUUAAGCUGCAUCAAAGAAUUCACACUGGGGAGAAGCCCUAUAAAUGCUUUGAGUGUGGGAAGAGCUUUGCUCAGAGGACACAGCUUAAGCUGCAUCAAAGAAUUCACACUGGGGAGAAGACCUAUAAAUGCUUAGAAUGCGGGAAGAGCUUUGCUCGCAGCAUCAGCCUUAAGCGGCAUCAAACAAUUCACACUCAGGAGAAGCCCAAUAAAUGCUUAGAGUGCGGGAAGAGCUUUGCUCACAGCAUCAGCCUUAAGCAGCAUCAAAGAAUUCACACUGGGGAGAAGCCCUAUAAAUGCUUAGAGUGCGGGAAGAGCUUUACUCAAUGCUCAAGCCUUAAGGAGCAUCAUAGAAUUCACACUGGGGAGAAGCCCUAUAAAUGCUUAGAAUGUGGGAAGACCUUUGCUCAGAGGACACAGCUUAAGCAGCAUCAAGUAAUUCACACUGGGGAGAAGCCCUAUAAAUGCUUUGAGUGCGGGAAGAGCUUUGCUCGCAGAGACACACUAAUACUGCAUCAAAGAAUUCACACUGGGGAGAAGCCCUAUAAAUGCUUAGAGUGUGGGAAGACCUUUGCUCAGAGGACACAACUUAAGCAGCAUCAAAGAAAUCACACUGGGGAGAAGCCCUAUAAAUGCUUUGAGUGCGGGAAGAGCUUUGCUCAGAGCAUCAGCCUUAAGCAGCAUCAAACAAUUCACACUGGGGAGAAGCCCUAUAAAUGCUUAGAGUGCGGAAAGAGCUUUACUCAAUGCUCAAGCCUUAAGGAGCAUCAUAGAAUUCACACUGGGGAGAAGCCCUAUAAAUGCUUAGAAUGUGGGAAGAGCUUUGCUCAGAGCAUCAGCCUUAAGCGGCAUCAAAGAAUUCACACUGGGGAGAAGCCCUAUAAAUGCUUAGAGUGCGGGAAGAGCUUUGCUCAGAGCAUCAACCUUAAGCGGCAUCAAAUAAUUCACACUGGGGAGAAGCCCUAUAAAUGCUUUGAGUGCGAGAAGAGCUUUGCUCAGAGCAGCAAACUUAAGCGGCAUAAAAGAAUUCACACUGGGGAGAAGCCCUAUAAAUGCUUAGAAUGCGGGAAGAGCUUUGCUCACAGCAUCAGCCUUAAGCAGCAUCAAACAAUUCACACUGGGGAGAAGCCCUAUAAAUGCUUUGAGUGCGGGAAGAGCUUUGCUCGCAGAGAAGCACUUAUGCUGCAUCAAAGAAUUCACACUGGGGAGAAGCCCUAUAAAUGCUUAGAAUGCGGGAAGAGCUUUACUCGCAGAGAAACACUUAUGCUGCAUCAAAGAAUUCACACUGGGGAGAAGCCCUAUAAAUGCUUAGAAUGCGGGAAGAGCUUUGCUCACAGAAUCAGCCUUAAGCGGCAUCAAAGAAUUCACACUGGGGAGAAGCCCUAUAAAUGCUUUGAGUGUGGGAAGACCUUUGCUCAGAGGACACACCUUAAGCAGCAUCAAAAAAUUCACACUGCAGAGAAGCCCUAUAAAUGCUUUGAGUGCGGGAAGAGUUUUGCUCACAGCAUCAGCCUUAAGCGGCAUCAAACAAUUCACACUGGGGAGAAGCCCAAUAAAUGCUUUGAGUGUGGGAAGACCUUUGCUCAGAGGACACAGCUUAAGCUGCAUCAAAGAAUUCACACUGGGGAGAAGCCCAAUAAAUGCUUAGAGUGCGGGAAGAGCUUUGCUCACAUAAUCAGCCUUAAGCGGCAUCAAAGAAUUCACACUGGAAAGAAGCCUUAUAAAUGCUUAGAGUGCGGGAAGAGCUUUGCUGACAGCAUCAGCCUUAAGCAGCAUCAAAGAAUUCACACUGGGGAGAAGCCCUAUAAAUGCUUAGAGUGCGGAAAGAGCUUUACUCAAUGCUCAAGCCUUAAGGAGCAUCAAAGAAUUCACACUUGGGAGAAGCCCUAUAAAUGCUUAGAAUGUGGGAAGACCUUUGCUCAGAGGACACAGCUUAAGCAGCAUCAAGUAAUUCACACAGGGGAGAAGCCCUAUAAAUGCUUUGAGUGCGGGAAGAGCUUUGCUCGCAGAGAAGCACUUAUACUGCAUCAAAGAAUUCACACUGGGGAGAAGCCCUAUAAAUGCUUUGAGUGCGGGAAGAGCUUUGCUCAGAGCAUCAGCCUUAAGCGGCAUCAAAGAAUUCACACUGGGGAGAAGCCCUAUAAAUGCUUUGAGUGCGGGAAGAGCUUUUCUGAAAGCAGCAAACUUAAGCGGCAUCAAACAAUUCACACUGGGGAGAAGCCCUAUAAAUGCUUUGAGUGCGGGAAGAGCUUUUCUGAAAGCAGCAAACUUAAGCGGCAUCAAAGAAUUCACACUGGGGAGAAGCCCCAUGAAUGCUUUGAGUUGUGUGAAAAACCAUUCACUUUCCACUCACAACUUAACUUGCAUAAAAGAAUUCACACUGGGGAGAAGCCCUAUAAAUGCUUUGAGUGUGGGAAGAGCUUUGCUCGCAGAGAAACACUUAUGCUGCAUCAAAGAAUUCACACUGGGGAGAAGCCCUAUAAAUGCUUAGAAUGCGGGAAGAGCUUUCCUCGCAGAGAAACACUUAUGCUGCAUCAAAGAAUUCACACUGGGGAGAAGCCCUAUAAAUGCUUAGAGUGCGGGAAGAGCUUUGCUCGCAGCAUCAGCCUUAAGCUGCAUCAAAUAAUUCACACUGGGGAGAAGCCCAAUAAAUGCUUUGAGUGUGGGAAGAGCUUUGCUCAGAGGACACAGCUUAAGCUGCAUCAAAGAAUUCACACUGGGGAGAAGCCCUAUAAAUGCUUAGAAUGCGGGAAGAGCUUUGCUCGCAGCAUCAGCCUUAAGCGGCAUCAAACAAUUCACACUGGGGAGAAGCCCAAUAAAUGCUUAGAGUGCGGGAAGAGCUUUGCUCACAGCAUCAGCCUUAAGCAGCAUCAAAGAAUUCACACUGGGGAGAAGCCCUAUAAAUGCUUAGAGUGCGGAAAGAGCUUUACUCAAUGCUCAAGCCUUAAGGAGCAUCAUAAAAUUCACACUGGGGAGAAGCCCUAUAAAUGCUUAGAAUGUGGGAAGACCUUUGCUCAGAGGACACAGCUUAAGCAGCAUCAAGUAAUUCACACUGGGGAGAAGCCCUAUAAAUGCUUUGAGUGCGGGAAGAGCUUUGCUCGCAGAGACACACUAUUACUGCAUCAAAGAAUUCACACUGGGGAGAAGCCCUAUAAAUGCUUAGAGUGUGGGAAGACCUUUGCUCAGAGGACACAACUUAAGCAGCAUCAAAGAAAUCACACUGGGGAGAAGCCCUAUAAAUGCUUUGAGUGCGGGAAGAGCUUUGCUCGCAGAGAAACACUUAUGCUGCAUCAAAGAAUUCACACUGGGGAGAAGCCCUAUAAAUGCUUUGAGUGCGGGAAGAGCUUUGCUCAGAGCACCAGCCUUAAGCAGCAUCAAAGAAUUCACACUGGGGAGGAGCCCUAUAAAUGCUUUGAGUGCGGGAAGAGCUUUGCUGACAGCAGCAAACUUAAGCAGCGUAAAAGAACUCACACUGGGGAGAAGCCCUAUAAAUGCUUUGAGUGCGGGAAGAGCUUUGCUGACAGCAGCAAACUUAAGCGGCAUCAAAGAAUUCACACUGGGGAGAAGCCCUAUAAAUGCUUAGAAUGCGGGAAGAGCUUUGCUGACAGCAUCAGCCUUAAGCGGCAUCAAACAAUUCACACUGGGGAGAAGCCCUAUAAAUGCUUAGAGUGCGGGAAGAGCUUUGCUCAGAGCACCAGCCUUAAGCGGCAUCAAAGAAUUCACACUGGGGAGAAGCCCUAUAAAUGCUUAGAGUGCGGGAAGAGCUUUUCUGAAAGCAGCAAACUUAAGCAGCAUAAAAGAACUCACACUGGGGAGAAGCCCCAUGAAUGCUUUGAGUGCGGGAAGAGCUUUUCUGAAAGCAGCAGCCUUAAGCGGCAUCAAACAAUUCACACUGGGGAGAAGCCCUAUAAAUGCUUUGAGUGCGAGAAGAGCUUUGCUCAGAGCAGCAGCCUUAAGCUGCAUCAAAGAAUUUUGUGUCAUCUGCAAACUUGAUAAGCGUUCCCUGCACCUUCUUCAACAUUUAAUAAAAAUGUUGAAGAGCACUGGGCCCAGGACUG